AUGCUUGUGGUUUUGCAUGAUAACGAACCCAUGUACCAUCAGGACGUCCGGUGGCCUAAUAUUAUUCGACUCCCUAGUGCUCUUGUUGAACCAUCAAAAUGGAUAAUUAUUGAUUGGAAAGACGCUGAUGGAUACCCAAAUAAUCCAGCAGAUCAUCUUACACCAGAUGAACAUGCUCCAGAAGUAUUUCAACAAAACCACGGCGGAGAAGUUGACAUCUGGAGUGAUUUGCAAGGCCGUCUGCUAAGAAAGCCUUGA